AUGCCUGAUCCUGCUGAGAAAUUUGAAGAACUUCUUACGAGGUUUGUUUCAAACUUCAAUGAACCAAUAUUUACUGUGCCAGGAAGUUAUGCUUUCAUCCCUGUCUGUCUGUCUGUCUGUCUAAACUCAUUAAAUUUUGGAAGCAAAAAUCUGUCUUGCUUUGCCAUGCAGAGUAAACUGAAUGCGUAAUUAGCCCAUUGCAUAAUUUAUGCGUGAUACGUAAGUUAAUUCCCUGGCGGAGGUAUGCCGUCUCGGAGUGUCAUCUAGUUUAAUAUUGAAUGAAUGAAUGAAUGAAUGGAUCAAUCACAUCAACACAUACUGUAUGUUAUAUUCGAACCUACAAUUAAUGUAAACUUUGUCCAGUGUGGCAACACUAUAUGUGCGGACUAUAUUUGAAGAAUUAAAGUCAUUAUAGUUAUUCCUUUUCCUUCGCAUCUAAUUAAAAAAGAUAUUUGAAACGUUCUUCGUUGGUGUCUGCCGAUUAGGAGAUCGACCGUACAUUUAUCACUGUGCUGCAUACUGUACGUACAUGUGGCUAUUUUUACCGGUGUCACAGUGGAUAUAGUGUCUCCCGGAGAUAGUGUUCCCCAGAAUACUAUUCGCUGGCGGAUAAUGUCCCCUUUAAUUACAUUUCCGCGGACAGUGUCCCCGUAGUGAAGGGAAAUUCUCAGAUAUUGUACUGGAAUAAAUCUUGAUAUAUUUAUUUAAUGUUUCCAGAGUUCAGAAGAAGGAUAAUAAAAAGCGACCAGUUUGCAGAGUUACUAUGAAUCUUGGAGCAGGCAUUGGACUUGGUGUCUCAGU